AGUUACCGACCCCAUUAAUGGCAUCAAAACCACUUCAAACAAGGCACUAAAUGCCUAUGUCAGUGUCCAUUGUACGGUAUUUUCAACUACCUCACCUCUCUUGAUUCAACACACGUCCAUCAACUUAAGCAUAUCUAAAAACACUGCUUAUUUUUCCACUUCCCAAGGUUCUGUUGUUCCCUCUGUCCUCUUCUCUGUUACCACCAUCAUCACCUUUAAACUGAGCUUCCUAGUGGUGGGUCUUUCUUUGUUUUUUUCCUCACAGGUUCUCUUUGAUGUAAAGUUGCAUUCUUUUCUCCUUCAUGUUGAACCUGUUGAACAAAAUUUCCUUCUGGGUAGUUUACUUUUGAAAGAUAAUGUUAGUUUCCAUUGAAAAUCUUUGAAGUUUAAGGGAAGUGUUUUUGAGUCUGUUGGGUAUUUUUUCUUCUUUUUGAAUUGGGUAGUCCAAAGCUAGUUACAAGUUUGAUGCUCAUCUUCAUCAAAUUUGGUGCAUAAUGCUCCAAACUGGUUCAAAGAGAUGUUUUUGCCUUUGUCUUGUGGUUGUUUCCUUGUUAUUGUUCAUUCCAAACACACAUGAAUUACAAGCAGCUCAGACACAAGCCUUGUUACAGUUAAGGAUUUAUCUUGAGUACCCUGCUUCAUUGCAAAUUUGGGGAAAUUACAAUGGAGAUUUCUGUAGUCUUUCUUCAUCUGCACAUAUGAGCAUUAAAUGUGAAGAUGAUACAGUAACUGAGCUUGAAAUUAUGGGUGAUAAACUUGUAAAUGCAUCAUGGUUCAAUGGAUUUGCAGUUCCCAAUCAGACACUAUCGGUGAAUUUCUCUAUUGAUUCUUUUUUUACCACGUUGACAAGGUUAACCAGCUUAAGGGUUCUUAGCUUGGUGUCCUUGGGACUUUGGGGGCCACUUCCUGAUAAGAUUCACCGUUUAUCUUUGCUUGAAGUUUUGGACUUGAGUUCAAAUUUCUUAUUUGGUGCUAUCCCACCGAAAAUAUCUACAAUGGUAAAGCUUCAUGCACUAACACUUGAUGAGAAUUAUUUUAAUUCCAGUAGUCCUGAUUGGUUUGAUUCAUUGUCUAAUCUAAAUAUCUUGAGUUUGAAGAGCAACAGAUUAAAGGGUUCAUUCCCCUCUUCACUAUGCAAAGUUAAGACACUUCAAGUUAUUUCCUUGCCUCACAAUGAGCUUUCUGGUGGAUUACCUGAUCUUAGUACCCUCAAUGGCCUACAUGUUCUGGAUUUAAGAGAAAAUCAUUUAGAAUCUGAACUACCAUUGUUGCCAAAAGGAGUAAUCACUGUUCUGCUGAGCAAAAACUCAUUCUCAGGUGAGAUACCUAGGGAGUAUGGUGAAUUGGAUCAGCUUCAACAUCUAGAUCUUUCAUCAAAUCAUCUCAGUGGGAUACCCCCAUCUUCCUUAUUCUCUUUGCCAAACGUAAGUUAUUUGAAUCUAGCAAGCAAUGUGCUAAGUGGGUCCCUUUCUGACAAACUUAGUUGUGGCACCAAACUUGGGUUUGUGGAUAUUUCUAGUAACAAGUUACAUGGUGGACUUCCUUCUUGCUUGGCCAAUACUUCUAAUAGUAGAGUUGUCAGAUAUGGUGGAAACUGUUUAUCUUUUGAUUCUAGGACUCAGCAAAGAGGGUCUUAUUGUAAAGAAUCCAAUUCAAUAUGGAAGAAAUUCAAGGCAUGGAAAGUAGCUGUAGCAGUGGCCAUCAUUGUUGGACUUGUUCUUGUGCUUUUGGUGUCUGGAGUUUUCUUAUGUAAAAAAUACCAUUCAAGAAAGGCAACUAGGAAGGAUAUGUUGCUUAAGAUUGUUCACGAUAACUCCACAACUGGGGUUUCAUCUGAACUCCUCGCAAAUGCCAGAUUCAUUUCUCAAACAGUGAAGCUAGGGACACAAACUACUCCAACCUGUCGACAAUUUUCAAUAGAAGAGUUGAAGGGAGCAACAAAAAGUUUUGAUUUGUCAACUUAUAUUGGUGAAGGCUCCAUAGGGAAGCUGUACAAAGGUAAACUAGAGAAUGGAUCCUAUGUGGUGGUACGAUCUUUGGCUCUGUCAAAGAAAUGCUCAAUUCAAAAUCUUAAAGCUAGGUUGGAUUUACUCUCAAAGCUUCAACAUCCAAAUUUGGUUACCCUUUUGGGUCAUUGUAUUGAUGGUGGUGGACAAGAUGAUUCCAGCCCCCGCAAACUUCAUCUUGUAUAUGAGUAUGUGCCAAAUGGAAAUUAUCGUACCCAUUUGUCAGAAUUUUCUACAGAGAAGGCACUUAAGUGGUCUGAUAGAUUGGCAAUUUUAAUUGGAGUUGCAAAGGCAGUGCAUUUCUUACAUACUGGUGUUAUACCAGGUUGUUUUAAUAACCAACUAAAGACCAAGAAUGUCUUACUUGAUGAACACCGCAUUCCAAAACUAAGUGACUAUGGUAUGUCCAUCAUCACUGAAGAAAUCGAAAAGCAUGGGGCAAAGGGUGAGAAGCGAAAAUCAUGCAGUCAAAGGACAAAAGCGGAGAAUGAUGUUUAUAAUUUCGGAUUCAUAUUGUUUGAAUCACUUGUUGGACCCAUAGCAAGUGACAAAGGUGAAGCAUUUUUUCUAAAUGAAAAGGCAUCCUUUGGGAGUCAAGAUGGUAGAAGAAAGAUUGUGGAUCCAGUAGUGUUGACCACUUGCUCUCAAGAGUCAUUAUCAAUUGCAAUUUCUAUAACAACCAAAUGCAUAUCUCCAGAAUCUUCAUCUCGCCCAUCUUUUGAGGAUGUCCUAUGGAACUUACAAUAUGCAGCUCAAGUUCAAGCCACAGCAGAUGCAGACCAGAAAUCAGAUUCUUACAUCAUAGGUCCAAGUUUGUAGUAAAGUUCCUUCUCAAACAAUGCAGAUAAAGAAAGUAGGGAUAUCUAUAAGUAAAAAAACAAUGCAAGAUGUCAAUCUUCAUUGCAAAUAUAAAGGUAUAAUUGUAAAAAUGUUCUCUCUAUUUUUAUGUUUCUUCUAGAGUUUUGAUAGGAAAUAGUUACUUAGGAUUCAUAUAUACCUUUUAGAAACAAGUAAAGUAGGAAUUUAUUAGGCCAAUGAAGCAAAUCAUGAACUUGACUAACUAGUGAUAGCAUGAAUGUUCCUAGAAAUAUUCUGGUGGAUGUAGUUCUCAUUCUUGUGGUUAUUUGA